GGCAUUCUACAAUCAUUCUAAAAGAUGGCACAACCAAAUCCCCUUCGUUUCAGGAACCCCCGUCUCGUAGACCAAAUCUUGGCGGCAAUGCUUCAAAACCGCCCUUUCGACACCCACAUCCAUUGUGCAGCCACUACUUCCUCCACCCGCCACCAGCUUUGGAGUUCGGAGACUGUUUCCGAUGUUCUACGGUCGGUACCUCGUUUAUUUUUUCAAACAACUCGAUCCAUUGGUAUCCAAAAGGGUUUCCGGCAUCGUGCUCCUCUCAAGCAAAGGAAAUUGAAAGAGGAGGCAUACAAGUUUCAGAACAAUGUGCUUGUUCUUGGCCCGGCUGCUCACAGGGAUCCUCUCAAAGUCGAGCUUGGAUUGAAUAAAGCGUUGGAGUUUUUCUAUUGGGUCGAAACCGAUUUUGGAUUUCAACACGACGAAAUGACUUGCAGAGAGAUGGCUUGCGUUUUGGCUCGAGGGAAUAGAUCGAUGCGUCUUUGGGAUUUUUUUAAGGAAAUGUCCAGGAGAGGCAGUGGGCUUAUUACUACUGCGACCAUAACCUGUUUGAUAAAAGUCCUAGGAGAACAGGGAUUAGUGAAUGAAGCGCUUACUGCAUUCUAUAGGAUGAAACAGUUUCACUGUAAGCCUGAUGUUUAUGCUUAUAAUACUGUUAUUAAUGCUCUGUGUAGAAUUGGGAAUUUCAAGAAGGCUAGGUUUUUGUUGGAGCAAAUGGAGUUGCCUGGAUUUAGAUGCCCACCAGACAUUUUCACGUAUACAAUUCUGAUUAGUUCUUAUUGUAAAUACAGCUUGCAAACUGGUUGCAGAAAGGCCAUUCGAAGGAGGCUGUGGGAAGCUAAUCACUUGUUUAGAAUCAUGUUAUUUAAGGGCUUUGUACCUGAUGUUGUCACCUACAAUUGUUUGAUUGAUGGAUGUUGCAAAACAUACCGAAUCGAGCGGGCAUUGGAAUUGUUUGAGGAUAUGAACAAGAGGGGUUGUAUUCCUAAUCGUGUUACGUAUAAUUCUUUUAUCAGAUACUAUAGUGCUGUGAAUGAGAUUGAUCAAGCAAUCAAGAUGUUGAGGAUGAUGCAAAAGAUGAACCAUGGAACUGCCACAUCAAGUUCUUAUACUCCUAUUAUUCAUGCUCUAUGUGAAGCAGGAAAGGUAAUUGAGGCCCGUGAUUUCUUCCUCGAGUCGCUCGAGGGAGGCUCUGUGCCUAGAGAAUUUACGUAUCAGUUGGUAUGUAAUCUGCUGAACUCAGCAGGUGAAGCUAGUUUACUAGAUGAAGAAGUGCAUCAAAGAAUAAGACAUGGAAUAGAAAAUAGGUACAGGGAAGUAGAUAAAGUAAAGCUCGUUAUGUCGAGGAAAGGAUACUGAUGCCCGUAAUGAGCAAAGACAAUAGCUGGACCUUUCACAGUGGAUGAAAACAGGGUUUUACGGUUGACUAUCUCCUUAUCCACCCGUGUAGCCGAUCAUGACAAUAUAUAAUUGCACAGGGGAUUAUUUAGUCUAUCAUUUCCAUGAUGAACAGCUCGCAGGAAAGCAUCAUUGGCUACAAAGAAUCCUCAUGGGGUUUCUUGUAAGAUGGAUAACUUUGGUUUUUGGAGACGUGUAUGUAACUCCAAAAUCUCGAGAAGUAGAGAUGACUAAACAAUAUGAAGUAGUUUGUUAUGGUGAGGAAGUUACGUUGGUUAGGCGUCGUUUUCAUUUCCUGAACGGUACGUUUCUUGAAGAUUCUUAAGCUUUUUUUUCUACGUUUUGCGUCUGAUGCCUCAGGUUAGUAGCGGUUCAACUUGUAUGUUCUGACUAUCGAAUGUCUCACCGUUUUCAUGUGUAGAGGUAGAACCAUGGACCUCUUUGGUUGGCUAAUGAUACUUUUGAAACUGUGGAAUUGGAGAAUGACCAGAACUAGCUAUUUGUGACUGAUUUUUCCUUUUGGAUGGUUUGAUUUAUUAAUAAGAUGAUGCUUCAUAUCUUACUCUUUGUAGGAGUUUGAGUGUUCUGUUUUUCCUUCAACUAUAACAUAUGCUAGAUACACCUGCUGAUGGCUUUGACAAUUCAAUAGUUGAUUUAUUAAUAAGAUGAUGCUUCAUAUCUUACUCUCGAACGUCGUCAUGUCGUCCUUCAGGUUGUUUUGUGCGCUCUUUUUGCUGCUCGUAAUAGUGACAAGUUUGAUCUUGCAAAUAAGGAAGCCAACAAUGUAAUUGCAUAGGGAUAUCCAAUGGUUCAGACGUUUUCACAGAUAUUCCAUGAUUUGCAAUAAGAACAGAAGGUUCAUCAUGCAACAAGCUUGCUUGGUCCGAAGCUGAUAAGGUUGCUGAUGUUAAUUCACAGGUUUUAUUCUUUGCUCACUUGAAUUCUGCUGUGAUUGUGCAUCAGGUUGGAUAUGUUUGUAGUUUUAGUUGUAAUUUACUGUGAAUGACAUAACAUCAAAUCAAAUAGAUAGACCAUUUCUAUCAACCUGUUAUGCAUAAGCUGUCACAGAAAUACCUUUGUGCAAAUAUUGGAAACUUUAGGGAUGCUUUCCAACUGUGCUAGUUCAUUUAUGCAUAUUUUUUGAAUUA